UUAUCACUAAUAUUUUUUAUUUUUUAUUUUAUCUUCUCCACUAUGUCUAAAACGAAUAAUGUACGAAGACAUGCUUUGGAGAAGAGCAGAAGUGUGAAAGAGACACAGAAAACGUUGAACCACAGUUUUUUUACGAGGAACAUGAAGAAAGUGUACCCUAUUGCACUUCAGAAAAGCACUUCAUCUUUGUCUUUAUCUUCAAUAUCCUUAUCUUUGUCACAGAACUCAAAUGACUCUUCACAAGCUGAUUCUUUGACUCCACUGGAUGAAAAGAUUUCGCUGGCACUGCGUUUGAUUUCACCACGUGAUAGAAGGGAACCUACAAUAGCUACUAAACCUCUUCAGCAACACCAAUCACCACCAAGUCCAUCACCCACCACUGAGCCUGGGGAAUUCAGAAGAUGUAACUGGAUCACAAAGAACAGUGAUAAAGCUUACGUAGAAUUUCAUGAUGAAUGCUGGGGAGUUCCAGCUUAUGAUGACAACAAAUUGUUUGAGCUGCUUGCAAUGUCUGGAUUGCUGAUGGACUACAAUUGGACAGAAAUUCUGAAAAGAAAGGAAACUCUUAGAGAAGUUUUCUCUGGAUUUGAUGUCAAUACCGUUGCCAAAAUGGAGGAAAAGGAAAUCAUGGAGAUUGCAUCAAACAAAGCACUUUCUUUAGCUGAUAGCAGAGUUAUGUGCAUAGUAGACAAUGCCAAAUGCAUAACAAAGGUUGUUAAAGAAUGUGGAUCAUUCAGUAGUUACAUAUGGGGUUAUGUAAAUCAUAAACCAAUAAUAAACAGAUACAGAUACCCAAGAAAUGUCCCAUUGAGGAGUCCAAAAGCAGAAGCCCUUAGCAAGGACUUGGUAAAGCGUGGAUUUCGGUUCGUGGGUCCAGUCAUAGUGCACUCUUUUAUGCAAGCUGCAGGAUUGACCAUUGAUCAUCUUGUGGAUUGUUAUAGGCACAGUGAAUGUGUGAGCCUAGCUGAAAGACCUUGGAGGCAUAUCUAAUAGCAUAUACUCUCUUUCACUACCACAAUUAAUUUUUAAUUGGAGUUUACACGUACGAGAAAUUAUUACAUGGUCGAAAAAUAUCAUGGUACUCAUCAAUUUUCACCCAAGACAUAACUGAAUUUUGGUAAUUUUGGUUAUGUAUUAUGUGAAAAUUAGUUGUGACUAUGAAUGCGUGACCAUGUAUUAAUUUUUCUAUGAGCAAAACCUCUCACUGAGUUUUUCCAUGCAUGUCAACCAAAUAAGGACAUGAAUGCUGUAUAGUUAGUUUUCUUUUGUAUUUUGGUUUUGGAGGGAAUUUGGACAAUUUUUUUCCUCCUUUUUUUAUUUAUUUUUAUUUUUAUUUUUUUAUUUUUUAUUGUCCUGCCGCCACAGUCAAUUAGUGAGAAAAAGAAAAAAGUGUGCUUUAAUGAGGAGUAUGUGAGAGUCACGCACUUUGUUGAAAGAAUACUAUUUGUUUGGUAUGGCAAGUAAAUACAAAUAAUAACAAGAUGAAGAGGUUAUGUUCAAA